AUGGCUUUCACUCAGAUGGUAGCCAGUACAGGCUUCUUUGUUGUUAACUGGAGUUACAUCUGUGGAUCCAAGUACUCCUAUUAUUACUCAGGCUGCUGUGUGCUGAGCCAGCAGAAGCUUCCAUAUGGUUUUCAAGGGCAGAGCCACAAUGAGCAAAUUGCAGUGGUCCAGCUGUUCAGUGACAAGAUCAUGAGUUUCCUGAGUACUGGAGACCAAGCAGCAAAAGGCAAUUAUGGAUUGCUUGACCAAAUUCAAGCUUUAAGAUGGAUUGAAGAAAAUAUUGGAUCAUUUGGAGGAGACCCAAAAAGAGUUACUAUUUUUGGAUCAGGAGCAGGAGCAUCUUGUGUCAGUCUGUUGACAUUAUCUCAUUAUUCAGAAGGUCUGUUCCAAAAAGCAAUCAUACAAAGUGGAACAGCCCUGUCCAGCUGGGCAGUGAAUUACCAGCCUGCCAAGUACACUGCAAUUUUGGCAGAAAAAGUGGGCUGCAACACUUUGGACACUACAGACUUAGUUGAAUGCUUUCGGAAUAAGAACUACAAAGAACUCAUUCAGCAAACAAUCACGCCAGCUACAUACCACAUUGCCUUUGGGCCUGUCAUUGAUGGGGAUGUAAUUCCAGACGAUCCACAGAUUCUAAUGGAACAGGGAGAAUUUCUCAACUAUGAUAUAAUGCUAGGUGUAAACCAAGGAGAAGGUUUAAAAUUUGUAGAUGGAAUUGUGGAUAAUGAAGAAGGCAUAUCUCCAAAUGAUUUUGAUUUCUCCGUAUCUAAUUUUGUGGACAAUCUGUAUGGUUAUCCAGAAGGGAAAGAUACUCUAAGAGAAACCAUUAAGUUCAUGUAUACAGAUUGGGCAGACAAGGAGAAUCCUGAAACACGAAGGAAGACCCUGGUAGCACUUUUUACUGAUCACCAAUGGGUUGCACCAGCCGUUGCCACAGCAGACCUCCAUGCUCAAUAUGGAUCUCCGACAUACUUCUAUGCAUUUUAUCACCAUUGCCAAAGUGAAAUGAAACCCAGCUGGGCUGAUUCUGCACAUGGUGAUGAAGUCCCUUAUGUGUUUGGUAUACCCAUGAUCGGUCCUACUGAAUUAUUCAACUGCAACUUUUCAAAGAACGAUGUCAUGCUUAGCGCGGUUGUUAUGACGUAUUGGACAAACUUUGCCAAAACAGGGGAUCCAAACCAGCCUGUUCCCCAAGAUACAAAAUUCAUCCAUACAAAACCCAAUCGUUUUGAAGAAGUUGCCUGGUCCAAAUACAAUCCAAAAGAUCAACUUUAUUUGCACAUCGGUUUGAAACCCAGAGUCCGGGAUCACUACAGAGCAACAAAAGUCGCUUUCUGGUUAGAACUUGUACCACACUUGCACAAUUUGAAUGAAAUAUUUCAGUAUGUCUCCACUACAACUAAGGUGCCACCGCCUGAUAUGACAUCAUUCCCUUAUGUUACCCGACGUUCUCCUGGGAAGUUUACCACCAAACGCCCAUUAAUGACACCAAGCAACAAUCCAAAGCAUUCAAAAGAUACCCAGAAAACCUCUCCAGAGGAUACAAGUGUUCUGAUAGAAAACAAGAGAGAUUAUUCUACAGAGCUAAGUGUUACCAUUGCUGUAGGAGCAUCAUUAUUAUUCCUCAACAUUUUGGCAUUUGCGGCCUUGUACUAUAAGAAAGACAAGCGACGUCAUGAGACACACAGACGCCCCAGUCCCCAAAGGAACACAACCAAUGAUAUUGCCCAUAUACAAAAUGAAGAGAUUAUGUCACUGCAAAUGAAACAGCUGGAGCAUGAUCAUGACUGUGAGUCACUACAAGCUCAUGAUACCCUGAGACUCACCUGUCCACCUGAUUACACCCUCACUCUUAGAAGAUCUCCGGAUGACAUUCCACUCAUGACGCCCAACACCAUAACCAUGAUUCCAAAUACAUUAACAGGAAUGCAGCCUUUGCAUACUUUCAACACUUUCAGUGGAGGACAGAACAGUACUAAUUUGCCUCAUGGACAUUCCACCACUAGGGUAUAGCUCUGUCAUUCACCCGUCCCAUACCACCUGGAAGAUUAAACAUAAGAAAAAGGAAAAAAAAAUCAUAUUCUCCAUCGAGCAAUUUGUGAAAAUUAAAGGUGAAAGGUGAAAGAGCAAAGCUGUCAUAAUUUCCUUCAGAUCCUUUCCAUAGGAACUCUGAUAUUCAAAAAAGAUCACCUUCUCAAACCCUGUGAAAUGUGAAAUGUGUACAUUGCUAUUAGGAUUCCGCUUUAAUAUCUCAACCACUUUGAUUGAAAGUAAGAGUUGAGGCCUGAAGAAAGUCUCUUAGAAAAGGAUAUAUAUUGAGUGUAACAAACAGAAACAGAACUUUUGAAACACAGAGCCACUGACUGUAUAGGGUUUUUUCUUUUUCUUUUUUUUUUUAUAAAUAAAAUUUUAAGAAAAAAAUGUUCUAUAUGUGCCAUACCAUGAAUGGCCCUUGUUAUACAAAAGACGUCAUCAGGGGCUUUUACCCAUCCUAAGAAGCUGUAAUCCAGAAUGGGGAAAUAAGAUUUUAUUAUUCAAAAAAAUAGGACUGACUAUGCAGUAAAUAUGUAUAGUUCUGUGCAAAGAGAUGACUUGCCAGCCUGAACUAUAUUUAAGGAACUUUGUAAAAAAAAAAAAAAAAAGUGUACAUAGCUGUGAGUUUAAAAAAAGAAGCUUUUAUUGAUGUUUUCAGUUUGAAAAGAGCUUUUAGAAAGAUUGUGCUUUCAGUUGUGAUCUAUGUGUAUAAACAUUAAUCAUACCACCUAUGUUUCCUCCCAGACCUAAAGGAGGAUGUUCUUCUUAAUUACUAGUGAUGAUCCAAGACAUUAAAGUUCUUUCCUAAUGUUUCAUUUCUAGGAAAACAUUGUUGUAUCAUACAAAGGACACAGAUGACUGUGUGGCCUGCUAGAUUUUCCUUUACAGGCUAAACAGAUGCAUGUUAAGGAUCCCCACCCCCACCCCACUUUCUUUCCUCUUUGUGUUAGCCUCCAUUAUAUUGCAACACAGAGACAAAUUGGAAGAAUUUCAACAAGCUUGUUCAACUGAUCUAGGAAUCCUGUUCUUGGUAUCCUACGUGCCAUGAACCUUUGCUCCUUUCAGAAGGCCUACUUUUUAAAUCAAUCUUUUUCUGUGACAAAGGCACUAGCAGAUGGCAGAAAAGGUUAUGCAAAGAAGGGAAACUGAUAAUUAAGUUGAACAGGGAGAUCACACAAGUUAGACGAAGGAGAAUAUUAUUUUUCCAAUUAAUUAAGAGGGAAGUUCUUGAUGGAUCGGUAGCUUUUGAAUAAUAGUCGUUUUAAUCAAGCUUAAGCUUGAUACUAGGGAAAGCAAGAGAGAAACCGUAAUAAUGUAUAAUAGGUGAGUUGCCUUGAAGAAGUUGGAUCAUUUCAUAAUUCAUAAUUAUUAAUUCUAUAAGAAAACAUUAUUAUUCACACCAUCACCAAAAGCAGGGAAGUUUGAUGUGAAAUGCAGCUGUUCCAACAAGGUAUCUGGCAUCUCUGUGUAGAGUUUAAAAACAAUUCAGAACAAAAUAAAUCAACAAAAUAAAUCAGAUGUUAUAAAAGUAGAAAUUAUUAAUAGUAAGUGAAGAAUGGUUUAUAAAGGUGGAAACCAAAGAUAUUUGAACAGAGUUGCUCUGCACAAGAUCACAUCUUUCCUGAGGUGUACAUUCUAUUUUUUCUCUUUUACUGAGGAAGGCACAACACUGAUAUAUUAUCAUCUUUGUAAUAAUAAAUAUAUAUGUGAUGUGAUGUCACAUAAUGUAACACAGGAUGCCUUCUGCUUUAAAAUAGAUAGCUUGAGCUAUUCUAACUUAUAGCUACCUUGAUGUUUUGCUGGAUAUGGGAUAUGGAAUAUAUCUACAGCUUCAUGCUGUUUCUGAGAGAGAAAGCAAGUUCCUAGAGUAGCAAACAACAGCUGGGGACAUAAUAGAAUUGCUAACAUGAUCCAUCAUCUUAGAAAAUGAAAUUAGUAUAUACUUUCCUUUUCCUUCCAGGUAAAAUUUUAACAGUUCCAACUUUUACCCAAUAGUCAAAGGAAGUGAAUGCAUUCCUUGGUUUUUAAUGUGAUUGUAAUGUAUUUCUUUUGUUAGUUUUAUAUUUCACUUUUUCUCUAGGAACUCAUGGCAGCAUACCUAACAUUGCCUCCUCCAGUUUUUCCCCAUGAAAAUAACCCUGUGAAAUAGAUUGGGCAUAGAAGUAGGGACUGGCACAAAGUCACCUAGUGAGGUUUCCUAGCUGAAGGUGGACUAGAAGUUGGGCCUUCUCGAUCCUUGCCCAAUAUCUUAACCACUUCACUACACUGGCUGUCUAAAGCUGGAUCUUUGCCAUCAUGACUAAUACAUUGCCUCCACUAAGACACAACAGUUCUUCAGGACUCAGUGGGGAAUAAUAAGGAAAAUGAUGGCAUCUUAUUCAGAUGGGCAUGUUUGUUAUGUGAAUUACGGUAUUUGUUUAGUACUUCCAGUUGUCUUCUGCUAGCAAUAUGUACAGUACUGUGUCAGGCUUGUGACAUUUGGGUAAAACCGUUUCUGUAAGUGAAUGAUUUUAGCUUUUAAAAAUCAAUGAAGAUGAUGUCACUUUAAUAAUUUAAUACAUCUGGAGAGAUGUAUGAUUUAUAAAUGGAAAUUUUUAGGCUCUUCAUAGGAUUCUAUAAUAACAACAACAAAGGAUACUUUAAAGAAAAGAAAAAAAAAAUCCCAGACUUUUCUUCUUGACCUUAAGAGGCACGCAGGGUUUCUUUUGUUAUUGUUUCUUCAUUUUUUUUUCUUUUUGGUUUGCCUUAAGUAAGGACAGAAGAUAUAUAUGGCUGGACACAUAUGUAUAAACUUUUCAGCGGCAUUUUUAAUAAUAAAA